UCCAGUUCAGGAAGUACGUUUUCAGUGCACUAGUUUUUUCUCCGUUGCAUCUUCCGCCGCUGAGAAUAAUAAUUCUGCUUCACCCUUUUGUGUCCACGAAAUAAAGGUCCAGGAUGUGUGGUAUUUGGGCCUUGUUUGGCAGUGAUGAGUGCAUGUCGAUUCAGUGCACCAACGCUAUGAAGAUCGCCCACCGGGGCCCAGACGCUUUUCGUUUUGAGAAUGUCAACGGCUUCACAAACUGUUGCUUCGGCUUCCAUCGCCUGGCUAUAAUAGACCAGCUGUAUGGCAUGCAACCCAUCCGCAUCAAGAAGUUCCCCUACCUGUGGCUUGUCUACAACGGGGAGAUCUACAACCACCACACGGUGUGAGUGUUGACGAGGACAAGGCUGGUCAUGCUGUCAUGCUGAUUGAGUUCGAAUAACAGACUGGAAGCUUCAAAAGGAGGGUGGUGCUUGGAAUCAUUGUUCUUCCUCUGUCAACCAUGGUUACCUGCAAGGAAACACGUGUCGUCAUCAUUGCUUUGCACAAGAAGGGCAAGGCUAGGAUAUUGCUGCCAGUAAGAUUGCACCUAAAUCAACCAUUUAUCGGAUCAUCAAGAACUUCAAGGAGAGCGGUUCAAUUGUUGUGAAGAAGGCUUCAGGGCGCACAAGAAAGUCCAGCAAGCGCCAGGACCGUCUCCUAAAGUUGAUUCAGCUGUGGGAUUGGGGCACCACCAGUAUAGAGCUUGCUCAGGAAUGGCAGCAGGCAGGUGUGAGUGCAUCUGCACGCACAGUGAGGCGAAGACUUUUGGAGGAUGGCCUGGUGUCAAGAAGGGCAGCAAAGAAGCCACUUCUCUCCAGGAAAAACUUCAGGGACAGACUGAUAUUCUGCAAAAGCUGAAGAAGCAGUUUGAGUUUACGGACUACCAGACCAAAGUAGACGGUGAGAUCCUGCUUCACCUGUACGAGCGGUUCGGCAUUCAGAAGAUGGCGACCCUAUUGGACGGCGUGUUUGCCUUCAUCCUCCUGGACACAGCCAAUAGGAAAGUGUUCCUGGGGAGGGAUACGUAUGGUGUGCGGCCCAUGUUCAAACUACUGACCGACAACGGCUUCCUGGCUGUGAGCUCUGAGGCUAAAGGUCUGACUGAUAUCACCCACUCCAUGUCUUCUCCUCCUAAGAUCACUCCGUUCCUCCCGGGGCACUUUGAGGUGUUUGACCUGAAGCCCACUGGGAAGGUAGAGUCUAUUCAGAUGGACCGCUUCCACUACUGCACCCAGGAGCCCAGCCACGCUGUCUAUGACACGGUAGAAAUGCUACCCUCCGGUUUUGUCCCAGAGACAGUGAAGAGCAACAUUCGGUUGUUGUUUGAGAACGCUGUCCGGAAACGCCUCAUGGCCCACAGGAGGAUCGGCUGUCUUCUCUCAGGUGGUCUGGACUCCAGUCUGGUGGCAGCUAUGCUGGUCAAACUGGCCAAAGAGGAGAAGUUGAAGUACCCCAUCCAGACCUUUGCUAUCGGGGCUGAAGACAGCCCAGACAUCCUGGCUGCUCGCAUGGUGGCGUCGUACAUCGGCAGUGAGCACCACGAGGUCAACUUCACCCCUGAGGAAGGUUUCAAAGCCGUGGAGGAGGUCAUCUUUCACCUGGAGACCUAUGACAUCACCACCAUACGCGCCUCUGUCGGCAUGUACCUAGUGUCAAAGUACAUCCGUGAGAAGACUGACAGCGUGGUGAUUUUCUCUGGGGAGGGCUCUGAUGAGCUGACACAGGGGUACAUCUACUUCCACAAGGCUCCCACACCCAAGGCAGCAGCAGAGGAGAGUGUUCGUCUGAUGAAGGAGCUCUACCUCUUUGAUGUCCUGAGAGCCGACCGCACAACCGCUGCACAUGGUCUGGAGCUGAGAGUGCCUUUCCUGGACCACAGAUUCACAGCGUACUACCUCUCCCUGCCUGAGGAGAUGAGGCAACCUAAGGAUGGAGUGGAGAAGCACCUCCUCAGAGACUCAUUUAAAGGUCUGAACCUGAUCCCAGACGAGAUCCUAUGGAGACGUAAAGAGGCCUUCAGCGACGGAAUGACUUCUGUCAAGAAGUCCUGGUACAACAGCCUGCAGGACCAAAUGGAGUCUGAGGUGAACGACUACGAUCUGGAGAAAGCUCCUAAGACAUUCCCGUUCCUCCCUCCCAGAACCAAAGAGGCGUACUUCUACCGCCAGGUGUUUGAGAAGCUUUACCCGGGCCAGGCUAAGUGGCUCAGCCACUACUGGAUGCCCCGCUGGAUCAAUGCUACAGACCCCUCAGCCAGAACCCUCUCCAUCUACAAGCCUGACAAAGACCAGUGAUACAGAAACAAGUGGCUCUUUUCCAUUACCCUCACUAGCGUAGCACUUAGAAUGAAGCAGUCCAUUGAGCAUGCAUGCAUUAUAAGUGGUAUGCUAGUAUGGAUAUUGGAACCUAGACCGUGUCAGCUGUCAAUUACCCCUGUCACCAUUACUACAACUCCUCUUCACAACAAACCUAUCUAGAAUUUGUCUCAUGCUAGAGUUGUGACGAUUGUGGGAUUUUAGGGUAACAAAUUGUAAUUUUUGUUGAAAAAUGUUUUUGACCUUGUAAUGCAUCUUUAGCUACUACAUACCUAAUGAAUACAACACUGCUUUGGAACUUUGGAAAUGAACCUGACCGUGCUGCUAGCAAAAUGCUAUUGGAUAAACUAUGUCUACUUGAAUUUAAAGUUGAAUCCCCUCUUCUCCUAAAAUAAAGGCAUUAAGACUAUGAUGAAAAUGAUUUAUUCACAGUUAUUGUCAGUUAGAUGAUUAGAUGAUAAUUGUGCCAGGCCUAUGCAGGAAUCAUCUAGUUCUUGGGAUCAGUGUGAAUUACAGUUACAGGGUCAGUUCUGAUUUGGGGAAACUUGUUUCAGUAGGAAUAGUCGAUAAUAUUAGAAGACUGGAAUGAUGCUUAGUUAAAUAAACAAUGCUGUCGUUUAUCUCGCUGGGGUUCAGUAGCACUACUACUGAAAUGCUUUCAUACAUUAUAGUACCAUACCUAGAUAUGAUUACAUAAUACAGAUGUAUAUAUAGAUGUAAAUUACAUAAGCUUCAGACAUAAGCCAAACCUUAACACAAUUCUUAACCGUUCCUAAUGAGUUCUGUUGGCAAAAUAUGUCUUUUCCUCUCAUUCACAUUAUUAUGAAGUUGAAUGCAUAUAACAGGUAAUGUAAAGAUGUGUUUUUUUAAAGCCACUUACCCAGAGGUUAGAUAUAACCUGUGAUUUCUGUCUGUUUGCCUCUGACCCAGACAGGAAGGAGGCAGCCUUUUAAAAUAAAGUAAAUGUUUCUUUCCUGCCUGCUGUAAUUAGGUGACAUUUGUCAGGUCCAGUUCUGUGCAGAUGAGGCUGGGCUAAUUGUAAUGGCUGGAAUGGAAUAGUCCAAGGUGAUUGCCAUGUGUUUGAUACUGUUCUGUUUAUGCCAUUCCAGCCAUUACAAUGAGCAUGUCCUCCUUUAACUCCUCCCAAACUGACAGAGAGGUACCCUAAUUGAACUAAUUUACCUUUUAAACAUCUUUUAAAUGUCAGAACAGUUAUGAUGAAACUUAAGCUUUCAUGCAUUGAUCAAGCCCCAAAGUUAUCUUUCUUAUUGAAAAGGAAAAGGCACAACAUUCACAGUUUAUUGAAUCAACUAUUGAAUCAACUAUUGAAAGCUUGAUUGUUUGUCCUUCAUCAGGAUAUGAAUUUGAACAUUUCUUACUCAUUUUGUCUCCCCCACUGUUUUUGUUUUAACUUGUCAUCAUACUCAUGUCAUAUGAGAAAGGCUAAUGCUUCUGAUGUGACUUAGCCAUUCUGUACUUAAUAAGUGGCCACACAAACUGAUCAGACAGAUAAUGUACCUAUCUGGAAUAACGAUGACAAAAGGACGAGGUGUUUGUUGCCCGUUACAUACUGUCCUUUACUGGAGUGUGUUGUGUUAAAGAGAGCAAAGACCAUGGCAUGGCGUAAUAAUGGUCUAUAAAUCAUUUUCACAAACGUUUACGUAAACUGUGCUAUGCGUGUGUUCUUGCGUGAGCGUGUCAUUAAGAUAAUGAUAGAAUGUGUAACAGAUUGAAUAUCACGCUGGGAACAACAUGAAUCAAUUGAAGAUGAAACAUGAUUGGGACAGGCUGGUAUAAUGGGUUCCAUAAGGAAGCCCACUCAGACCAAAACAGGUUUGGAUGCUAAACAUAUUGCAUUGAUUGCACUUUGUUUUCUGAACUGCAAUCCAUCUAGACUCUAGAUGGAAAUGUAUGAAACUAUAGCAUUACAUGUCUAAAGUGAUAGUAUCUAUCUGCUGUAUUAAACUGCUUCUGAAAUAAAUGUGCUCCACACCCUUGACAAUA